AUGGGUACGGGAAUGGUCGAAAAUAUAAACUGUAGUGUACCGGAAGUGCCUCUGGCUCAUCUGGAAGAUGAUCUCGACUUCAUCAAAGUGGCAUCACAGCAGUCGACCAGUGAUUGCGAGAACAAUUUUGAUGAAAAUUUCGAUGCGGAAAAUCUAUCGGGUAGUUUGGAAGAUUUGGUCGGAACAUUUGAUCAGAAAAUCUCGCACUGCUUCAAAGAUCUUAAUAAGGCCACCGAAGAAAUAGCACCUAUACAAGUGCGAUCACAGGAUGAAAUCAUGUCUGAAAGCCAAAUUUGGUGGACUCUGACAGGAAAUUUCGGUAAUAUGCCUCCACUUGAUUUUUCGAAGACGCAGACAAGGCGGUUACAACUUCCUGCUCUCGAUCUUCAAGGUCCACGCAAGGAAAACAGUGAUCUUGGUAUUGAUUUGUCGGAAGAUGAGGAGCUGAGGAGUGCACUAGAUAUGCAUCAAUUGAUCAGUCAGCGUGGUCCUUUGUCAGAGUCACCUCCACAAACUGCCGACGAGGUGAUCGAAGAAAUUGACCAAAUGCUUCAGUCGUGUGAUUUUUCGGGAUCGGUAAUGACUGACCGUACAAUGGAAUCGAUGGAUAGCAUGUAUUCGUCAAUGCGUUCACCAUUACCAAACGGACAAUACGACAUGGAUAUCAAACUACGACAGGCCGUUGCCAUUACGUCGAAUUCCGAAAAUCUGGAAUCAUUUUCCUAUAGCAGGUUGCUUGCUCUGAGUGCUGAAAUGGAGCAGCUUAUACAAGUCUACAAUGACAGUUUGGUGGAGCAGUUGGCUCAUCGUGAUGAGUUAGAAUAUGAGAAGGAAAUGAAAAAUACAUUCAUAUCGUUGCUUUUAUCUAUACAGAACCGACGAAGACACUUCACUAAUGAACGAAAACGUAAACCGUUGAAAACUGACCCGUCACAAUUGCCACAGUAUAUGACGGCGACAAUUCCAUACGAUGAAAGUUGUCUGUAUGUAGACAUGAAUACAUUGAUGGCGCUCAUCAAAUUAUUGCGAGCAAUUGAUGAAGACAGUCCUGCUGUACCAAGCAUGCUCACUGACUAUAUCUUAACUGUUCUAUGCCCGUCAGCGUCAUCAUCAGUUAUCACUGAUUUAGCUGCAUAA